AUGUUCUUAGCUCUUUCUGCCAUAGCAGCACUUCUGCUGCUGGCUGUCUGGCUGCUCAAUAAGCUCGACUACUAUCGCACCAAGCAAUUCGCAGCAUGGCCACAGCCGAGGCCGUCACGAGUAUGGGGUCAUAUGAAGGAUCUCAACGCCUUCAUUGCCCGCGGUGAGCCAAAUAGGCAUAUUGAGCAGGUAGCCAGGAGCUCGAAAAAGUUCCCGUAUAGUAUGCCCAAGACCCCGACGCUGCAGGCUUAUAAGUAUCUGCUGGGCCCUGAUUCGAUCAUUACUUCCGAGGGCGAGGAAUGGAAAAGCCUUCGCAAACGGUUCAAUCCUGGAUUUGCGCCUCAGCAUUUAUUGACCUUGCUGCCGUGCAUACUGGAUAAGACAGGGCCAUUUUUCGAGGCCCUUGAUCGAUAUGCUCAAUCAGGGGAAGAGUUUAGUUUGGCUGAAAUAUGUACCAAUCUCACAUUUGAUAUCAUUGGCGCAGUGACAAUGGACGAGGACUUGGGAGCGCAGCUUCCCCUAGACAAGCAGAGCGAGAUGGUCAAGCUCUACCACGAGCUGGCUGCAAGCUACCGCAGAAAAAGCUCAGCCCGAGCAAAAUUGCUGAACCCCUUGGUGACAUGGCGCCAAUAUACCCUGGCUCGCAGACUCAAUACCAUCAUCAAGAAUCACAUCAAACGCAAAUUCGCAGAGUUGAAGGAAGCCAGUACCAACGAGAGAAAGUCCCGCAGUGUCCUCGCCCUCAGUCUACAGGAUAUAGAGUAUCUGGAUGCCCGUGUCUUAGAUCAAACUUGCGAUCAGCUGAAAACUUUCUUGUUCGCUGGUCAUGACACGACUAGCAUCCUCCUGCAAUGGGCAUUGUAUGAGCUCAGCCGCACACCUCGUGCUCUGGAAUCCAUACGCCGUGAACUCGACGACGUCUUCGGGCUUGAUCCUUCCCCGGCAAUAGUUCAUGAUAAGCUUCUUGCGCCGAACGGCGAAGAACUCCUUGGAAAGUUGCAGUAUACCUCCGCCGUGAUCAAGGAGAUACUCCGCUUAUACCCUUCGUCGGGAACAGGGAGAUUUGUGCCCGAGGGAACGGGUGCGUAUAUCCAACUGCCAGAUGGAAGGUCGCUGUGCAUUGACGGAGUCCUGAUGUACAACUGUGAGACGCUCAUUCAUCGUGAUGAGACUGUCUACGGGGAAUCGAAGGACGAUUUUGUCCCGGAGCGAUGGCUCGGCGAGGCGGGUGCUAGUCGGAUACCGUCCAGCGCAUGGCGACCGUUCGAGCGAGGACCGCGCAGCUGUAUCGGCCAGGGGCUUGCGACAAUUGAGGCACAAGUGAUUUUGGCUUGUGUGGUCAGACGGUACGAAUUUCGGAAGAUAGGGCUCGGUGAGGUCGCGCGGGACAGCGCUGGGGAGCCAAUUCUGAACCCGCGAGGGCAGUACGAGGUCAAGUCGCGUUUAUUCAAUACAAUGCAAGUGACUGCAAAGCCGGUGGAUGGAACGAUUAUGAAGGUGAAAUUGUCCUUUGGUGCUAGGAAAGACCUCUGA